AUGAUAAAAAACUCACACACAGGAAAACAUCUUGACGAACCCGCGGCCGUAAGGAGCAUCGAUAUAAAGAAGAUGGCACAAGACAAUUUAUUCAAAAUACAGCAGCAGAGAAGCAACAUCCGAAUGGCGCGGAAGACAUCUAUCUUCCUAAAAAAAAUUCCCCGCAGAAAAAUUCCUUCGCGAGGAAACCAUCUCUAUAAGGAUGAGGAGCGAAAGAAUAUAUUAAAAGUACAACACGAGAAGAAGGAUCACAGUGACGUAACACAAGAAAAGCGCAAUAACCAGGAGGGGCAGCAUCAUAAGAAGACAGGAAGAAAAGGCAUCAUCAUGAAACAAGACAGCAGAAGAAAUCGUGAUGAAGAUGCAACAAAUAAAGGCAUCUUCAUAAGAAUGCUGCGAGAGAUGUCAUCAUAA